CCGUUCCGUGACGGCCCCGGUAUGCUGUUGGCGCGUAUGCCAUGAUAACAGCCCCGCUGUCCGGUAGCCACGUCCCCUGCCAUGAAAGCUCCAGUGUCCGGUAGCCGUGGUCCCCUCCACAACGGCCCAGCCCAGGUGGGGAAGACAUCCCUGAUCAUGGCUCUGGUGGGCGAGGAGUUCCCCGAAGAGGUUCCACCUCGCGCGGAGGAGAUCACGAUCCCGGCGGAUGUCACCCCUGAGAAGGUCCCCACUCACAUAGUGGACUACUCAGAGUCAGAGCAGACAGAGGAUGAGCUACAAGAGGAGAUCGCAAAGGCCAACGUGGUCUGCGUGGUGUACGACGUCACCAAGGAGGCCACCGUUGAGAAGAUUCGCACAAAAUGGAUCCCUAUGGUGAACGGUGGAGUUGAAAAGGGCUCCAGGAUCCCUAUUAUUUUAGUGGGAAACAAGUCCGACCUGCAGGUGGGGAGCUCCAUGGAUGUCAUCCUGCCCAUCAUGAACCAGUUCUCGGAGAUUGAGACCUGUGUGGAGUGCUCUGCCAAGAACCUCAAGAACAUCUCUGAGCUCUUCUACUAUGCCCAGAAAGCUGUGCUGCACCCCACCGCUCCGCUCUAUGACCCAGAGGAGAAGCAGCUGAAACCUGCGUGUGCACGAGCGCUGACCAGAAUAUUCAACCUCUCGGAUCAAGAUAACAAUCAGAUCCUUAGUGAUGAUGAACUCAACUACUUCCAGAAGUCCUGCUUUGGAAACCCGCUGGCUCCUCAGGCCCUGGAGGAUGUGAAGAUGGUUGUGUGGAAGAACACCACAGACGGGGUGCAGGACAAUGGCCUGACGUUGAAUGGCUUCCUCUUCCUCAACACGCUUUUCAUCCAGAGAGGCCGGCACGAGACCACCUGGACCAUCCUUCGCCGCUUCGGUUAUGACGAUGAACUGGAGCUGACGGAUGACUAUCUCUACCCACAGUUCCGCCUGCCACCCGGCUGCUCCACAGAGCUCAACCACUUGGGCUACCAGUUCCUGCAGCGGAUGUUUGAGAAGCACGACAAGGACCAGGAUGGAGCCCUUUCCCCCACAGAGCUGCAGAACUUGUUCAGCGUCUUCCCCUGUGUGCCCUGGGGUCCCGAGCUCUACAACACGGUAUGCACCACUGAUAAGGGCCUGCUUUCCCUGCAUGGAUUCCUCUGCCAGUGGACGCUUGUGGCUUACCUCGAUGUGCGGCACUGCCUGGAGUGCCUGGGCUACUUGGGCUACCCCAUCCUCUCGGAGCAGGACUCCCAGACACAAGCUCUCACAGUGACCCGGGAAAAGAGGAUCGACCUGGAGAAAGGCCAGACUCAGAGAAAUGUCUUCCUCUGCAAGGUGCUGGGAGCCAGGGGUGCAGGCAAGUCUGCCUUCCUGCAGGCCUUCCUCGGCAGGAGCCUCGCGGCCCAGAGGGAGAAUCCAGGAGUGCCAUCUCUCUACGCAAUCAACACGGUGCAGGUUGGCGGCCAGGAGAAGUACCUUAUACUGUAUGAAGUCAGCGCCGACACGAAGUUCAUGAAGCCGUCGGACGCAGCCUGCGAUGUCGCCUGCUUCAUCUACAACAUGAGCGACGCCAGGUCCUUCAGUUACUGUGCCAGUAUUUAUAAGCAACACUACAUGGACAGCCAGAUCCCCUGCGUCUUCGUGGCUUCCAAGACGGACCUGCCAGAGGCGAGUCAGCAGCCCGCGCUCUCACCAGCUGAGUUCUGCUACAAGCACUGUCUCCCGCCGCCCUUCCUUUUCUCCUGCCACAGCCAGGGCCCACCCAGCACCACCAUCUACACCAAGCUGGCCACUGCCGCCACCUUCCCCCACUUGAACGCCGUGGAGCUGGGAGCCGCGUCCUUCUGGCUCCGGGUGGCUCUGGGGGCCACGGUGACUGCUCUGGUAGGGUUCACCCUGUACCGUGUGCUGGCCAAGAAUAAAUAAGCGUCGCUCUCCACUCCGUCCUCCCCACAGCACCAGCUUCCCCCUCCCGAAGGACACCCCACUGAGGGGCCCUGCCUCACACUGGUCCCUGCUGGGAGAAAUCUUCCUUUCCCCGCCAGCCUGGACUGCAAGACCAGUGAAACUGGACUUCCCAGCACCAGCAGGAUAGAUCCCGGUGCACCAGCCGGCCUCAGCAGCCUCCUUGCCCACAUGGCUCCUGUGCAGCUGGGGCCCAGCAGCUCUGCCACCAGCAGUGGGAGGAUCUCGCCCCCAUCUUUUAUUCUAUUAAGGUUUUUUUUUAACGUUUGUUUUUAAGCUCAAACGUGAGUGAUUCAGUAUCUGCUGAGCCAGGCACCUCCGUUCCCCAGAGGGCUGUGCUGGUGCCCUCAAUUCUUGGGGGCAGCAUUCCCAGAGCUUCCAGCAGCAGAAGAGCUGUCAAAUGAGCUCAUGGCUUUAGCCCCAUGGGACACCUCGAGCCCCAGUCCCUGUUUCCCUCUCCCAGCGCUAGGACCAGCAGCCAUGGAGGGUCAGACACAUCUGGGAAGUCUUUUUGUUUUGGAGUCAUUCUGGGACCCUGCUGCUGGGCUGCUGUGGCUGUGGCCCCCCCAGUGCUGGGCUGCGAGGUGAGGGGUGAUACCCGGGAUCUGUCCCAGGCUCCUUUUAUUUCUGCACCAAACUGCUUGGAGUCCUGCAGCGUGCCAGGAUCUUGGCCCAUCUGCCCUCCUCCUGUUCCCGGCUGUGUGGCCUGGCCACCGGUGUUCAGAGGGGCCUGGGAGCCAGGGUGCCCUCCUUCCCUGGCAGUGCCAUUGCUGAGCCGGUGCCACACUGUGCCACAUGGCCCUUGUCCUGCUGUCCCCUCGGCAGGGUCCUGGUCAUACUGAGGCGGUCCCAGAGUGCAAGGCUCUGGGCGUUGCAUCUCCUGGUAUAACUGGAAGCUCUUUCCUCCCCUGUCUGUACCCGAGCCGGCUUCGGCUGCCAGGCUGAAGUCACAGCCCAGCACAGAUCUGGGGCCGGAGUCCCACAGUGUCCCUGUCUCCAAAUCCCGGAGAGCGAAGCCAGGCUGUGCUGGCCCCCGUGCUCGGCUCACGCCCGUCCCUGGGCUCCCAUUCUGCCGAGGGGAGCUCAGCUCCGCUCGGGACUCACUGAUGCCGGCUCUUAGGCUUUUUGAGCACACUCAGGUUAGGUUUCUGCGCAGGCAGCUGGGGGGGCAGCACCGAGGUGCAGCCGAGCUGCUUCUCUGUGUUUUGUCUUUUUAAACUUGUCGUGGACUGGACCUGGCCGGAUGGGGCUCCCUGCCGGUGCCGGAGCCACUCUGCCAGCCAGGCCCCCGCUGCCAUCGCCACUGGCUCGUGGUUCCUGGCGCUGCCAGGGCAGUGUCCUGGGGGUUUGUGUACCCCUCUCCACACCGAGACCAGCGUAUGUGGCACUGCUCACCAGGCCCCUGCCUGGCAGUCUGACCCUGCUCCCGGCACAGUCCAUGCCUGGCAAAGCCAUUCCGUUUUAGGACAUUCUUUCUCUACAGCAGAAUAAAUUUUUA